AUGGCCUCAUCGUCCAACAACAGUAGUUGCUGCACACCUAGCAGUGGAAGCUGUUCGGGUCCUGUUAGUGGCUGGGGAGCAUCUCCUGUGCCCCAUCAUCAGUCAACUAUACACCCUCAUCUUGUUCAGCCUUGUAUACAAUCUCAAUAUGAACCUCAUACAUCUCAACCUUGUUAUAAUUUACAAGAAACGCAGUAUUCUUCGUUGAAUGAAACCAAGUCUUCUCAAUUUCCUGCUUCGUAUGAGCAGAUUCAGGAUGUGUCUGGAUACGUUUAUUGUCCUCCUGGCUGGAACGAAAUGCGAUUACGCACCGGAACUGAUGCUGCUGCCAUCAGCAAAAUAGCCAUGGAUACAUUCACCGACAUUGCCUAUAUUAAAGAUAAAAACGCCAUUCAAGUUAUUGGAGAAUCUCAUGAUGACGUGUACAAAGCUCAAAGUUUACUCAAUACUUUAUUUUCCUUACCACCGGUGCAACCCAAAAAGCAAUGGGUUCGUCCAGAUCGUCCAGGUGAUUGGGGCCAAUGCCGCGAAGCUCCUAAUCGAGGCUUGCGUCAAAUGCAAUCUGAGCCUGCUCUCAACCAUAACUGUGCUCCGUGGCAGGUUUCUCGUCAGCCCAAUGGUCACAAGCUCUCACGCAACCGAAAAUCGUACCAUCAAUUCGAUGGAACCCCAUCUAUUACAGAGCAUGGCGUGUACCAAUACUCGACUGGAUCAUCUACUCAUCACCUACAGUCGAAUCGAUUCUCAGCAGAACCUACACACGGUUUUACUACUGAACCUCGCAAUAAUUCUGCAAGUGUUCGUCGCUCAGCUAUUCCAAGUGGCCAAUGGAGGUGA